UUAGGGAGGUGCAAGUUAUCCAGUUACCACUAGGUGAAUCUGUGUGUCGUUUUGAAGUGCAGCCGAACGGGAAAACCUGUGUCAAAAAGCUCAUCGCCGAAAACAGAUCUCGAAGCUCUUAGCGAAAUACAUCCGAUCUGUGAAAGGUUUAUAGCGCAAAUAUCUUAAAUUCCUUCGGAUAUUCUGUGUUGAGAAUGGAAACCUCCGGGGAAGUCGGCAAAAAUUAGGUUUACAGGAAUCGACGUAAAAACGCCACUGAAUUGCUGUGUUUAGGAUUGCCCCGCCGAAAUAGUUGUACGAUAGCUGGGUUUUAAUGGUGGUGAAUGGGGAAACUAUUACAAUUUGGAGAAAUGUUGGUAUGUAGCCUCUGAACAGCAGUGAGCCGAAUUGUUUCGCAUCUGAAAUCGCCAAAUGCAUCGUGCCGUCGAUUAGGGCCACAAAUAUCUUGAUGCGCAUAAUUGAAAGGAGAUCCGCCGUGGUCAAUCAAUUUCUUCAUGUUGGCACAAAAAAGAAAUUUUAUGAUGUUGACUGAAAAAUAGCAACCAUCGUCAAUUAUGAAUUCCAUCGGGGAGUUUUGCUGAUUUCAAAAGCUUCUGCGAUUUGCCUUAGGACUCUGUAUAAACUUCUUGUAGCUUUCUGAGAUUUCAACCAAAUACCAAACAGGAUUUCUAUAUUUCUGGAGACGCAUUGUGGAAAAUGUCACUUCACCAGGAGAGGCAACCAUGGCUCAAUUGCAUAUUUAAAAAGGUGAUGGCUCAUCCAGUGCGAAUGGGAUUUGAUAUAACCUUCUUCCUUUGGAUACUUGGAUUUGCGUGGAAGGGCAACCUGGUGCUCUGCCAGAAAUUAGAUGACACUUACCCAAUUGUGAACACCAAUUAUGGCAGACUGAGGGGGAUUAAAAAAGAAUUGAGUAAUGAAAUCUUGGGCCCAGUAAUCCAGUAUCUAGGUGUACCAUAUGCUGCUUCACCAACGGGAGAUCGUCGCUUCCAACCCCCUGAACCCCCCUCUUCUUGGUCAGAAAUCCGAAAUGCUACCCAUUUUGCACCAGUCUGUCCCCAGAAUAUACAUGGUAUGUUACCAGAUGUUAUGCUUCCAGUGUGGUUUACUGCCAACUUGGAAGUAAUUGCCUCUUAUGUCCAAGAACAGAAUGAAGAUUGCCUCUUUCUAAACAUAUACGUGCCUACUGAAGAUGUAAAAAGAAUAUCGAAGGAAUGUGCCAGAAAACCCGGCAAGAAAAUAUGUAGAAAAGGAGGUCCCCUUGCAAAGAAACAGGCUGAUGAUUUAGGUGAUAAUGAUGGCGCAGAAGAUGAAGAUAUUCGAGAUAGUGGACCUAAACCUGUUAUGGUAUUCAUCCAUGGUGGAUCAUACAUGGAGGGCACUGGAAAUAUACUUGAUGGAAGUGUACUGGCAAGUUAUGGCAAUGUCAUAGUCAUCACUGUCAACUACCGGCUUGGUGUUUUAGGAUUUUUAAGCACCGGUGACCAAGCUGCUAAAGGAAAUUAUGGGCUUCUUGAUCAAAUACAAGCAUUACGCUGGAUUAGUGAAAAUAUUGCUUUCUUCAGUGGCGAUCCAUUACGAAUAACUGUUUUUGGAUCAGGCGCUGGUGCCUCUUGUGUCAAUCUGUUGACUUUAUCCCAUUAUUCUGAAGGACUUUUUCAGAGAGCAAUAGCACAAAGUGGUACCGCUUUGUCCAGCUGGGCAGUCAGCUAUCAGCCAGCAAAGUUCGCAAGGCAGUUAGCCACUAAAGUUGGCUGCAACAUGAUAGAUACCAUUGACUUGAUAGAAUGCUUACGUACUAAACAGUACAAAGAACUUGUUGAACAAGACAUCCAGCCUGCAAGAUACCACAUUGCCUUUGGACCAGUCAUUGACGGAGAUGUUAUACCUGAUGACCCUCAAAUUCUAAUGGAACAGGGUGAAUUCCUUAACUAUGACAUAAUGCUAGGAGUAAAUCAAGGUGAGGGAUAUAAAUUUGUCGAAAGCAUAGUGGACAAUGAGGAUGGAGUUUCAGCCAGUGAUUUCGACUUUGCUGUGUCUAAUUUUGUGGAUAACUUGUAUGGUUAUCCUGAAGGAAAGGAUGUCCUGAGAGAGACCAUUAAAUUCAUGUACACAGAUUGGGCAGACCGGCACAAUCCAGAAACACGGAGGAAAACAUUGCUGGCUUUGUUUACUGACCAUCAGUGGGUGGCACCAGCAGUGGCUACAGCUGAUCUUCACUCGGGCUUUGGUUCACCUACUUUCUUCUAUGCCUUUUAUCAUCACUGCCAGAGUGACAUGAUGCCAGCUUGGGCUGAUGCUUCUCAUGGAGAUGAAAUCCCUUAUGUGUUUGGGGUCCCGAUGAUUGGUGCUACUGAACUGUUCCCUUGUAAUUUCUCCAAAAAUGAUGUCAUGCUAAGCGCCGUUGUGAUGACAUACUGGACUAACUUUGCAAAAACAGGAGACCCAAAUCAACCUGUUCCUCAGGAUACUAAAUUUAUCCACACGAAGCCGAACCGUUUUGAAGAGGUUGCCUGGUCAAGGUAUUCUCAGAAAGACCAACUUUAUCUUCACAUUGGACUCAAACCACGAGUUAAAGAGCAUUACAGAGCUAAUAAAGUCAAUUUAUGGUUGGAGUUGGUUCCUCACUUACAUAGUCUGAAUGACAUUUCUCAGUACACUUCAACAACAACAAAAGUCCCUUCAGAAAUUACGCACAGACCAUCCAAGAAGUGGUCUGUUACUACCAAGCGUCCUGCGACAUCAGUCUUUCCUACUGUCAAACAGGAUGACCAGAAGCAUUCAGGUGGUCCUUUCUUGGUUGAUCAAAGAGACUAUUCAACAGAGUUAAGUGUUACAAUUGCAGUUGGAGCCUCCUUAUUAUUUUUGAACAUCCUCGCCUUUGCAGCAUUGUAUUAUAAGAAGGAUAAGAGGAGGCAUGAUGUGCACAGAAGAUGCAGCCCUCAACGUAACACUACCAAUGACCUGACUCAUGCACAAGAAGAAGAGAUUAUGUCGCUACAGAUGAAGCACACAGAUCUUGAUCAUGAAUGUGAUUCUAUCCAUCCACAUGAGGUUGUUCUGCGGACAGCCUGUCCUCCGGAUUAUACAUUAGCAAUGAGGCGAUCUCCAGAUGAUAUACCUUUAAUGACCCCCAACACCAUUACACUGAUUCCAAAUACCAUACCUGGAAUGCAGCCUCUGCAUACAUUCAACACAUUUACUGGAGGACAAAACAACACCCUUCCACAUCCUCAUCCCCAUUCACAUUCAACAACCAGGGUAUAG